AUGGACCCCUAUGGAGCUUGGGAGGAGUGGAGACUGAGGGGUAGGGUUCUCCCAAGGCCUACCUUCCAAGAUGGCGGCAGUGUGGAGACCGACACCAAUGGCCCCUGCCUCAUGCAGCCCCAGAGGGGAGAAGUUGCACUGCUCACUAAACCGCACAACCGCAAAGCCAGUCCAGCGGUGAGCCUGCUGUUAACCCCGGAUGGGGAGAGCUCAGCAAGGUAAAGCCACAAGCCUAAAAAGUAUAAGCAGCAUAGACAGCCACCAAGCUUACAGAAAUGCCUCACAACCACGAAGGGGACGCACUACUAUUAAGCAAAGGGAACCCUGUAAUAUCUGUGAAGAACUGAGGGCUUACAUUACUCCAGCAACUCAGACUUUAAGUCUCCAGCGACAACCUUCAGGCACUCUAUGUCACCACAGAGGCACACAACAAGAGACAUACAGCGUUUGGGAUACCACUUACAGCCCCAGAUCCAGACAUCUCUAACAUCCACGGCAGCCAUCGUUGGACUUUGUUACCACCUCCCCAACAUGGUCUUACACAGACAUAUGUAUCUGUACAGCAGAUGGCUCGACUCCAGUGA